AUGAUGGAGAUUUCGGAAGAUGAUCUUGAGGACUCGGAUACAGAAGGUAAUGAGAAUUUUUAUGAAAAUGGAGACGAUUUGCUUCACGAUCUUGAGAAUCCAUUAGAAGAGGAAAAUGAUGACCCCGAUAAUGAUCCAUUCAUGGCAGGAGACCCGCCAUUGAUAAAUGAAGCUACAGCAAAUGAUCAAGUGCCACAGGUUCCAUUCCCCUCAACAAGUCAAGCUAGUCGCCGAGCAACUAUGAGAGGACUCGUAUGGAAGGUAAAAAAAAUUGUUUUGAAUUCUGACCAGACAGCUUUUCAUGGAGACACUACAUACCCAUCUGAACUGAAGGAUGAGGCUACUACUGGUACUGCCUAUAGUAUUUUUUCACAUUUUAUUACAUCAGAAAUAGUUCAAAGGAUUGUGGAAGAGUCUAAUUUGUAUUCCGUUCAAAAAAAUGUGACUAAACCAUUAAAUUUAUCUGAAACUGAGCUAAGAAAGUUUAUGGCGAUACUGAUAUACAUGUCUUUUAUAAAAUAUCCCAAUGUACGGCUAUACUGGUCAAAUACUGUAGGUUUUCAACCAAUCAAGGACAUAAUGACUCACCGAUUUGAGACUAUUCGUAGAUUUCUACAUUUCAACAAUAACGAGAAACAUUUACCCAAGGAACACCCACAACAUGAUAAGCUCCAUAAGAUAAGGCCUAUAAUUAGCCAUCUAAAUGAGAAAUUUGCUUUAGUUCCUAUGGAACAAAAACUCUCAAUUGAUGAACAGAUGUGUGCCACAAAAGUGGCACACUUCAUGAAGCAGUAUUUACCUAAUAAGCCCCAUAAGUGGGGGUUUAAAUUAUAUGUGAUGUGCAGCGUGAAAGGUUAUGCUCAUAAAUUUGAAAUAUAUACUGGCCAAGAGAAUGAACGGCUUCCAGAUGAACCAGAUUUUGGGCCAGUGGGAAAUGUUGUAGUCCGGCUUGCUAGAGGUGACCCAAGGCAUAUAAAUCAUAUAAUUUAUUUUGAUAAUUUUUACACCUCUGUACCUUUAGUUACCUAUCUUGCCAAACAAGGAAUCUAUAGCUUAGGUACUGUGCAAUCUAACAGGCUAGUGAACUGCAAACUGCCGGACAAAAAAACAAUGAUGAAGAAAUCUGUUCCUUGUGGAACUUAUGAAGAGCAGAUGACUGAAUUUGACGGUAUUGAUUUGACAGCAGUUACUUGGAAGGACAAUAAAGUUGUAACUUUUCUAUCUUCAUAUGUUGGAGCUGAACCUGUGGGCCAAGUAGAAAGAUUUGACAAGGCAAAUAAGACUAGAAUUAAAAUUUCAUGCCCACAUAUAAUAAAGGAAUAUAAUGCCCAUAUGGGCGGAGUGGACCUAAUGGAUAGCUUUAUUGGGAGGUACCGAAUUGCAAUGAGAAGCCGAAAGUGGUAUCUUCGUAUCUUUUACCACUUAUUGGACAUGACGGUAAUAAAUUCUUGGCUUGUGUAUAAAAAUUUAAAAACAACUGAAGCCAAUUCAUCAGUUCUAAACCUAUGUAACUAGUUGCUCGCCACGCGCCGACGCGAACGGUCACGUUUUUACUCGCUCCGCAGUCGAAAAUUCGUUGAAAGUGCCAAAAUCGUCCUAUAAAUACAAAUAAUAUAUCAAAUUGUGCGCCUCAGUGCCCCCUAUCAUUUAGUGAAAAAAUAAGUGAAAUCGGAACACUCCUUCAAAAGUUAUUCCCAGGAAACCACAAAAUUGGAGGUUAAGAAAAGUUUGAGUGCGUGCGCCGCCGUUUUUAAAGCGGUGACCCAUAGUUUUUAAAUUGUAAAAAAGUGUUAAUUAGUGAGGGGUACAUCCCUGCGAAAAUUUGGAUUUUUCCGGCAAGUGGUUCAGGAGAAAACGAGGUGAAAGCUAAUCACCACGUGACACGUGGUAUUUAAUCCAGGCGAGUCCGGGUGGCGUCACUAGUGUCGUUGGAUUGGGGGCUCUCUCCCGAGUCUGCCGACACAUAGAUCACUUUCCUGCGACUUCCUGGUGAAGAACUGUGACACAAAGAAGUUUUUGUGCGGGUGGUUUUGAACCGAGUGAACUUUGGACCCUUAUAACUUUUAAAGUAAAGCGGUAACAUAAACUUUUUGUUACCGACAUAUUAAUCCUUGAUAUGGAAUAUCACAUUUUGUUUGUUAAAUGACGUUAAUAUUUAUAAUAACUUCUAAUAGCAUUAAAUUAUGACUACUUAACUUAUAUCGAUUUAAAGGAAAUGUUUUACUGAUUUAUUUUUGUAAAGUGAUAGUUUUUUUUACGUAGGGUAUUAUUUUAUUUAUGUUUUUUAAUAUGGUAUGUUUUUUAAAACGGAACUCGAUCGGUCACUCGCUGUUGGAUACCGAUCGAGACGGUUGUGCUUGAAAGUAUAAAAUCAUUUUAAAGUA